UCAAAAUAGGAAAUAAUGCAGCUUUAGCUAUCAAGGCAGCUGAAACAGUGGAAGUUUAAAACUCCAGGAGGGAACAGCUUUAUUAAACCUUCAUUUUAAAGAAAAUGAAUCCUAAAGACACAUAACCGUCUGUCCUGUUUGACUCUGCGAUGCUGUGUGCGGGUGUCAAAGCUGUGAGGUCGUCGGUGUCUUUACAAAAGCUGUGCGUCCUCUCCCUGUUCCACAUGAGAUUUCACUGGUUCUCACGGUGUCCUCAGCAGUUAUGGAUGAAUCAUUUUCACAGUGGGAUCGUUCACCGCUUCUCUACAGGACCAGAUCCACCUGCUGGUCAUAAUGCUCUGAAAGACUCUUCUGAGCAUGCUGAUGCAGAGCAAAACCGUGGCUCCUCCUCCACUUGGACCCCAGCCCAGGGUCCCCCACCUGCUCCCACACACUGCUGCAUGAGUGGGUGUCACAACUGUGUGUGGAUCGAACAUGCAGAGCAGCUGCUGGAGUACUAUAAUGAUGGAAGUGACCGGGCACUUGCUGCUGUUGAGGAGAACGUCCUCGAUGAGAACCUUAAAACUUACCUGAAGAUGGAGAUCAGACUCUUAAAAAAGACGUGACCGGUUGUUGCCAUGGCGUCGACCACAGUGCUGCCAUAAAAAUAGUGUUUUCUUUAAAGACUUUAUUACACAAGGUGUACCUCCGCAUUUUGACUCCUUCCUCUUGUGUCAUGUGUCAUCUUAGGAAUCUGUCACAAAUUACCAGUUAUUAUUGUAGCUUGUUGGUCAUUGUUAUGUUACACUUAUCAAAAUAUUUUAUAAAAUUUCCUACAACAAAUCAGGAAAAACAAGGAGACAUCAUCUGACAGGUUGUCAAAUAAAUAUUCAGCAUGGUCAAAAUAUUAUGUGUUUUACUGAGAGAUUGGACCCCAGACUGUUCUCAAAUUACUGGACAUGGUUUAAAAAAAAUAAAAUCAGCUAAAUCAAACGUGGAACUACUUUCUGUGGUGACCCCUUGCAAGCACUGAAAUUAACUUUAGUGGUACAGCUUCUCUUCUUGACUGUUAGGUCUGAUUUAGACUUCUGUCUGGGUCUUUGCGGAGGCUACGUACAUAACCUACAUAAGUGGCCGAUAUCACUGCCAGCAUUUAUACUUGUGCACAUGCAUUGUGUGUGCUUGUUACCAUGUGGUCGUGUCCCGGUGUUUCACAUGCAGUGGCGGCUGACUUUCGUCCUCGCUCUUUGUUGUGGUCAUCUUUUUUUCAGGGGUGAACGUAUUUGUCCCUCUAGUUUCUUCACUUCUUUGUUCAUUCACUCACAUCCAUUCCAAUAGUUUCAGGAACUCUCCCUUGAAGAAUUUGCUGAAAUUUGUGAGUCCUCAUAUUGUUGCUAUGAUUAUUAUUCCUUAUACUGAGAUGAUGAUUGUUAUUGUCUCACUGAUAAAUUCAACAACUGCAGCAAAAAAAAAUAGCCAGAAAUGCAAAGGAGGAAUCGACCGUGCUGAACAGGCCAAUCACGAUCGCUGCGGCUGCCUCGACCUGACAUGUAGUUACAUUUCUCCAGAGGUGCACGUCAGGUUACCUUAUAGGUAACGGCACAGGGUUCAGAGGGGUUUCGGUUACAUACAAAGACCCAGUGCAGAAGUCUAAAUCAUGCCUUAGACUUUGUUUUAGUGUUCGUUUUCCGAGAGGUCAGAUUUUGACCUUUCGAGUAAAAUGUAAUUUUAUGACCUGUUUUAUGCACUGAUAUAAUCAAUGACUGCCAAGGGCAUUUUUCUUUGAACACAUGCCCAUCUGACCCUUUUAGAUUUUAUCCAUAUUGUAUAUGGCGUCCCUGAGAGGUCACAGUGUGAAUUUUUUUGUUUCUGGACUGUUAGAAGAGCCUGGCUUGUUGGUCCAGUCCAGUGCUCAUACUUCCAAUAAAGGUGUGGUCCAAUGAAAA